AUGGAUUGGAAGAUGGUUGAUGAAUCUUCAGUGGUGCCUGUAGAGUUAGGAAAUUUGGAAAAGAAGAGCGUAGAAGUGGAACAACCACCUAAACUGAAGCAUGUUAGUGAUGUAGAGCAAGGGAUAAGAAAGGAGGAUCUUAUGAUGAAGAAAAGAGCAGUGAGCUAUGAACCAGUGGAUAAUCUCCAUCAUUGUAGUGCUAUUUAUAUAAUUUCCUUAGUAAAGAAGAAGGCAGAACCAGGAGCGUUCACUAUUCCUUAUACGAUUGGAUCUCUAGAAUUUUCUAAGGCCUUAUGUGAUCUGGGAGAGAGCAUUAAUCUGAUGCCGCUAGCUAUUUAUAAAAAGUUAGGUUUAGGAGAUCCCACACCCAGCAACAUGAGACUAGUUAUGGUGGACAGGUCUGUGAAAAUGCCAAUCGGUAUGCUACAUGAUGUACUUGUAAAGGUGGCUGAUUUUAUAUUCCCUGCUAACUUGGUGAUCCUUGGUUGCGAAGUAAACUUCAAAGUUCCCAUAAUUUUAGGCAGACCGUUCUUAGCAACUGGGACAGUGUUAGUUAACAUGGAGCUGAAUAAGUUAAAGUUUAGUCUCAACGGGAAAGAAAUUAGUUUUGAAGUACAUCAAUCCAUGAAAUAG